CACUUCCUGGUUGACUGUGUGAAUUUGUCCAAACAUGACCGCGUGUGCUGUGUACAGGUAAAAUAGAUAAAAGGUAUAUCUUUUUUUGUACCUCAUGGCUUCUGUCAGUGACCUGCAAGCUCGACGAGUUGAAAAUAAUAAUACACGCACUCUGUUGAGCUCAGAAGGCGUUUAUGAAGCAGCAGAAGAUAAUUCAUCCCAGAUCAUUCUGGAGAACCCCGAUCCUGAUAUCGUUAAAACAAUCUCACAUUAUUUCGAUGCUGCUCUCAGUGGGCAGAAAUAUGUGUUAUCCCAUCCCGUCACAGACCAUGGCGCUGAGUCUUCAGCAGACAGUAGGGAUUCAGGGGACAGCCUGUUCAUAACUCAAGUGCCAGUGUCUGAGGUGGUGAGGUCUGUGAGAAGAUACCACUCAAAGGAGAGGUCAGAGUUCACAUGUACCAUAGAAUCAGAGGAGAGUGGGGACGAAGAUGGACCUGCCACUCCCCAAAGGAAGCAGCAGGUCUCACAGGCAAUGAAACAUCACAAGAGGAAAGCAGAGAAGCAUGGCCUGAAAAAGUACUCCUUUCCCUUUCUGGGGAGCGUUUACAGAAGUAAACCCCUAUCUAGUCGAGAGUGGGCUUACAGAAACACACACCUACCACUAUUAAAUAGUGUGACCUUCUCGAGUAAGGCAAUUGGAGGCUUUUUUAGAUGUGUCAAAACACUGAAGAAGUUCUCUAAAGGAAAAGCGACUUUAGCUUCAGCUUUACCAAACAGAUAUCUGGAUAAGGAAGGUGAACUGUCUCCACUGUCAGAACAGGAGGUGGAAUCUGAAGGUAGUGAUGAUGACAUCAGAGUGGUGGAAAAUACACUUUUAAUGCCAUUCCUGAAAAAGAAAAAUAGUCAAACUUGGUGUUAUCCAUCAUCUGAAGCUGAAAAGCAAUGCAGAAAUUUUUCAUCUGUAAGCAAAGACUCCACCGCCAAGACAAAGAAACGGAGCACAAAGAAAACACAACACCUCCCUCAUGUUAAACAAACUCUUUCCUUGGUUUCCAAAAUGAUUAAAGACACACCAUCAAAGCAGAGUUUUGCUGGGUCACGGCGAAUCGUACCUGAGAAAUGUAACAUGGCAGAAGAAGAGACUAACCCAGAGUCAGUCAGUUGCGUUAGGAGAUGUUCAUCUGGUAGGAGUUUAGUCCGCAAUGAAACAGAAGAACCUGCUAUACAUUUAGCUGACAAUACAGACGGACAGGAAGAGAACGACAACAUGGACAUUUCAUUGACAGAAUGGAAGACAAUGCUGAAUAUCAGAUUUGUCAGUGAGGAAGUAGAGGGGAGUAGAAUAGACCAGGCAGUGGACAUAACGAGUUCACCUAUUAAUGAAGUGCAGGAAAGUGAAGGAAGCUGUUUGGAGAGGACCCAAGUCGGCAGAGCCAUGACCCCCAGUGUGACUGGGCAGCGCCCUGAUCGUGACCAUCAGAACCAGACAAGAGAAACAGAGGCUGAUCCUGGAAUUAAUGGUCACAACCCCCCUUCAACAGAUCCAGCGCUCACGAAUGACUGUACAAAUGUUGAUGCUGGGGGAGACUAUGAUCAGAAGGGAAAGAAGAGGAAGAAAAAGAACAGGAAAAGAAAGGGAGGAGAUGAUGAAAGUAUAGAGGACCAAGUUGGGCAGCCUCCAUGCCAAGAAGCUCCAGAUUAUCAGGAACUAGUCACCUGUGUGAGUACAAGCACCAUACAGGGAGGAGAGGCUACUGAGAUAACCCAGGAUAACAAGGCAGAGCAUUCUGUGUCCGUGUCUGGUGAAAUGAUUAUGCCACAGAAAAAGAAGAGAAAAAAGGAGAGGAGGAGGGAUUCACCAUGCCAUGUUGAUACAGAUAUAUGCCUAAGACAGGAAGAGAACCCCAAGCUAUCAUCCCAUGCUGGAGGUGGUGCUAUAGUUCAGACCGAAGACAUAGAACUGAAGAAAAUGAAGAAAAAGUAUAAGAAUUCCACAGCACAUGCCAUCAUGGAGGAAGGACCAGAAAAGGGAAGUUUUCUGAAUUUGAGUUUGGAAACACAGUUAGAUGAGGUAAUAGGACCCCAAAAGGGGACAAACAUUUCAACCCUCCCUGAAGAUACUGUCAUAAACCUACAUGUAAAUGGUACUGAUAUAAGACCGAAAACAAUUGAGUGCUCUAUCGUCCAACUUACUAAAUUGGUAGCCCAGAGAAAGAAGCAUAAAACCAUGGCACCAAUAGACAAUUCUUUGGCACAGAGUGACGGCACAAUUUAUUUUAGGAAAAAGAAAAAGGCAAAGAAAUAUGGGGAUUCCUGCAGCAAUGAAAUGGUGGGAAAUUAUACUGAAAUUCCUCUGACUACAAGUACUUCAUCUCAAUCUGGUGAAAUCAAUACACCGGAGAAGAAAAACCGCAAACGAGAUAAGAAACAGAAUUCUGACAUUCAUGAAGAUUCUUUGGCCAGACCCAAAGAGAAUGUUGUGACCCAUGAGAGGUCUGAAGACAAGGUUACGGAGAAGAAGCGGAAGAAGAGGAGGAAAUCUUCAACUGAAGAUGGCGCCGUUGUUCAACAACAACACGAUAAUAUUCAAAAAUUCCAUAUCACCCUCAAGAGUUCUGUGUCUGAAUCCAUUGACACUGUGCCACCAAGAAAAAAGGGGAAGAAAGAUGGGGAUGUAGUAACUCCUUUGAGCACAGAGGAGAGACGUCAAAAGGACAGCAUACCACCUGAAACAGAUGAGAUCACUAGCCCAAGAAAGAAGAAGAAAAAGCGAGAUGGAUCUAAAGACACUUGUUCUGUCAUACACCAGGAUACAGCAGCUCCACUGGAAAAAGAGAGUAUUGGCAUAUCUUUGGAGGGGUGUGAGAGUUCUGCUUUGACUCUAGAUGACACAGUUUCUCAGAGAAAAAAUAAGAAAAAUAAGAAUUCCCUCACCAAACAUGAUCCUGGGGGAAGACUGAAAAAUUAUGCAACUAAAAUAUCUCAGAGGAUGAACGCAACUGUAAAAAAUUCUAGACCAGAAGAGAAAAAAGAGAUAGAUACAGCUGAAGUGAGACUUGAAGCUGAAAGUGCCUUUAUAUCCUCAGAGAGAAAGAGGAAAAAGACAAAGAGGAGGAAAUCCACUGAUUACGAAGUACCAGCGGCAGGACAUCAAGAUAAUGAUAACACUGCAAUACUAAUUGAAACAACUCAGAGUUCUAUGACCCAAUAUACAGAAACAGAGUCACAGAAGAAGAAGAAGAAAAUAAAUGAUAACACUGCAAUGCUAAUUGAAACGACCCAGAGUUCUAUGACCCAAUACACAGAAACAGAGCCACAGAAGAAGAAGAAGAAGAAAAUAAAUGAUAACACUGCAAUGCUAAUUGAAACGACCCAGAGUUCUAUGACCCAAUACACAGAAACGCAGCCACAGAAGAAGAAGAAGAAGAAGAAGAAGAAAAUAAAUAGAAAAACGAACAAGGAAUCAGUUGCCCCGAAGCGCACAGAUGGAAGACAGACCGGGGAGAUGUCAGAGGCGACGUCAGGCUGUCUGCCUUUACCACAGAUUAAUCCUGAUCCAGUAUCAAUCUCCCAUGAACUGGUUUCAUCAGCAGAGAAGAAAAAGAAGCAUGGAAAAGACAAGAGGAUGAUGUAUGUAUGAUACAUAUCAGGAUUACCUCGCAACCGAACACAUUGACACAGUGGUGAUGUCAUGAAGCAUGCCAUCUGAAUAAAACAACUCAUAGCUUGGAGAGGAUUUUUGAUGGGUGACCUUUGGUUAUAAGUGAACAGAUUUUUAAAUGAGUAGAUUCAUUGUAGGCCAGGUUGCAAUUGUAAAUGAGAACUUGUUCUCAACUUGCCUACCUGGUUAAAUAAAGGUCAAAUUAAAAAAAAAUGUAAAAAAAAUUGUACACCACCUCUAUGAUGGUUGUUCUUCCACUCUUUAGAGACACUUGUAUGCGCAUUCAGAUGAUCAAUGAACAUAUUCAGAUGAUAAAUGUGCAUGCAUAGGCUAGUCAGAUAAACAGUGAACGUUUUCAGUGUAAAGUUACCACUAAAUGGUGUUUUUUAAAGAAUAUGUUUUAUCCUACCCUGUCACCUAGUGGACAACUUAAGACAACACACUGGUUUUACUCAAACUGGUUUUAUUGCAGUGUUCGUGACAUGUUUAUAACUUGGAUUCUACUGUCAUGAUGUUUCAUUAGUCCUCCAUAUAAUGUAUGCCAGUGACGCAUGAGAAAGUGGUUGUGUACAUUUGAUAAGAUUUGUUUCUUGUUCAGUUUUGAAAUAGAUUACAUUUCUAAUGUAAUUCCCUUCAGUUAAGGUACAUUGAUGCAAUAUCCUUUGUGUGCAGUGCAUCAUAUGAGUCUAAACAUUGUCUCCACAACCAUUAUAGCUAUAGUCAUUUUUUUUUUAUAUUGGCUCCAUACAUGUGUAGUUGUAAGUAUGACUGUCUAUUGAAGGAUGCACAAUAAAUGUACAGUUUAUCAAUG